CCCUCUGCCUGAUCAGAGCGGCUGCGCUGUCUGGCGGCUUCACUCGGUCCGCCCGCUUCACCUCGCCGCCGCUGAUUCGCGCACAUUCACGGAAACAUGGUACAGAAGGCCGUGUGUGUCCUCAAAGGCACCGGAGAGGUGACCGGUACGGUUCACUUCGAGCAGCAGGAUGAAGGUGCUCCAGUGAAGCUUACAGGAGAGAUCUCUGGCCUCACCGCUGGCCUGCAUGGAUUUCACGUCCAUGCUUUUGGAGACAACACGAAUGGCUGCAUAAGUGCAGGACCUCACUACAACCCCCACAACAAAACCCACGGUGGACCUACUGAUGAAGUCAGGCACGUUGGAGAUCUGGGUAAUGUGACUGCUGGGGAUGAUGGUGUUGCCAAAAUAGACAUUGAGGAUAAAAUGCUGUCACUGAGUGGGCCGUACUCGAUCAUUGGGAGGACCAUGGUGAUUCAUGAGAAGGUGGAUGACUUGGGUAAAGGAGGUGAUGAAGAAAGUCUCAAGACUGGUAAUGCUGGUGGUCGCCUGGCCUGUGGUGUUAUUGGCAUCACUCAGUGAGGCAGACUCCAACACCAGCUGCCUCAUUUUAGCACUGGAACAACUCAGACCGCUCAGCGACCAAUGCAGCUGCCCUGUCCGCCACUUAACCUGUCGAAGUCUAAAAGUUUAUUUUUUACAGAAUUUAGAGAGAACUUGUGUACCCGUGACAUAGCUGUCUGUAUCUUGUUUCCUGCAGUGCACUUACGCCUGGCAAUCAGUUGAUUUUGUUUUCUUGGCAAAAUGAUAAGGCUGCGGCAGUGACGUUUAUUUUCUCUGGAUUCCCACUUGUCCAAUAAACAUUUGCUGGAUACCA